UCAAUACAAUACACUUACCAAGGGUGCAUCGAUGCUCCAGUAGAGGCUCGGAAUCGUCAAGUUUCUCACGGCCUGACACACCGCUACAAUCGGAUCGUCUUUGUUUUUAACAAUGGUGGCGUUCAUAAAACUGUUGUACGUUACAAGUACAUAAAGUGACUGUUUUUCUGUCUCCUCAUAGAAAGAAUGACUGGUUCCAGGUACGCAUUGAACUGGUUCGCAGCUGGCACCUAGAAAUCCUGGAGGGCAUCUGCAACCUUGAUCCAUUGAGGGGCUUCGAAGGGUUCCUUGAUUCAUGCAUACCCUCUGAGUGCAAGAUGAUCUAGUGAAAUGAGGUUUGCAUAUGCAUCUAUCAUUUUUUUCGUAACCAUCAUGAGCGCACGUAAGUGGGCCAGUAGCGAAAGCGUUGCUAGAAUACUUCCAAAAUUCACCCCAACGAUUGUGACCGCUCACCACUACAGCACAGGAAACGAGUAG